CGUCUUGUGGUUAUUUUUUAAUGUGUGUUUGUUGCGCGUUAUUUUAUUUUUUGCCGGAUUUUAGCGCCGUUUUUUGCGUUCUCCGUUCUCGUUUGCGAAUGGAGUGUGAAGCAAACACGCCGAUUAACCAGCGAGUGUUUAAGACUUGAUAUUUCGCGAAGUUUCUGCCCCAAAAUCAAAACAAUGCAAAAAUUAAACUGGCCGAUUGAGGCGAUGCCGACAAUACGUUAAAACGGCGAUCAAACUGAAGUGGUUAUGGUGUUUUGGCCCACUAAUUAGCAUCACAAGAGCAGCCAACUGCACAAUGCUUAAAUGGCCCCAAAAAAUAGAGGGUUAAGACUUGUGCGAAAAGCAAAAUAAGGAGCGGAAAAAAACUCGCACACACGUACAUACGUUGUGUGAGUGUGCGUGUAUGUGAGCUACGUGCUGCAUGGGUGUGUGUGUAUAAUCAUGUGAAAAAUCGAUUGGCAGCGCAGUAGCAGCGCGGCGGCGGCGCCAAUUGUCACUAACUCAAAUGAAGAAGCACGCUUUUUAAAAACCUAACGAAAUCGCAAAAGAAACCCCAAAAGAAGUAAGAACAACGCAAAGAAAAAAAGAAAAAUAAUGAUAGAUGACUACAAUAGCAGUUAGCGAAGCGAUCGCCGCAGAACGAGAGAGAGGGGGAGAGCGAGAGUGACGGCGCCAGCACACACAUAUUCUUUAUAUAACUAUUGGGGAAAAAGCAAAACAAACGCAAAGAGGAAACGCCAAGGAGAGUGAGAGAGAGAGAGAGAGCGAGCGAGCGCGCGGCCCCUAGAUGUUAUCGAGUCUAUCGAAAGGACUGCUGCGCUCAUCCUUUCGAUAACUAAUUGAUCCUCACACUUCCCAAGCCCGAUAGACACGACAAUUUCGAUUGUUGUUCGCCCCCCGGCUUUUUGACCAAGAAUGGAACCAGAUCCCAAUGGGAUAAAAAUAGAGCCCUCACUUGAUCAGCAGCAGUACGCCACCCAUGUGCUGGCCAUCAAUGGCUCCAAUACCCGCCUGCUCAUCGAGCACCCCUCAGCUUUGUUGGUACCUUUGUCCUCGCAUCACCAGUUGCAAUUGCAGCAGCAGCAACACCAGCAGCAGCAGCAUCAACAGCAGCAGCAGCAUCAACAGCAGCAGCAGCAACAACAGCAGUUCCAGCAGCAGCAGCAGCAGCAACAUCUUCACCAGCAGCAACAGGAUCAACUGCAGUUCCAGCAACAGCACCUUCAGCUUUAUGCCCACACCCCACUAAAACAGCAACAGUUGCAGCAGCAGCAGCAGACGCAACAGCAGCAACAGCCACCCACUCCCUUGGGACCCACGAGCAGUGCCAGUUCCGCCUCCAUCACAGGUGCCUCCGCCACUGGCCACCAGCAGAGGUGGAACGAGAGUCCCGAGGCACGCCAGCGUCGUCUGGCCAGAAAUGCUGAAAGGAUGCGGGAGCGCCGCCAGCGGGAGAGCGAGGACGAGUAUCGGAAGCGAUUGCUCCGGAAUGCCGAGGCGAAUCGCCAGAGGCGCCAGAACGAAUCCGACAUAGAGAGGGCCAUGCGGCUGGUGAGGAACGCGGCCAGGCAACGGCUGCGCCGGGCCAUGGAGUCGCCGGAUCAGAGGGCCAAGCGUCUGGCCAAAUUGGCCGAAAGGAUGCGCAUGUAUCGGGCCAGCGAGACGAACGAUCAGCGGAAGCUACGUCUGGCCGAGAUGGCGGCCAGGGCGCGUCAGAGGAUCGCCAAUGAGUCACCGGAGGAGCGCAAGGAAAGACUGAGAAAGCUGAACGACUAUGCCAAAAAGGUCAGAGAAAAGAAGAAGAUAUUGAAGCAUGUUGUGGUGCACGGUGGUUCGUCGUCGGUGGUCGUCUCAACGCCGACAUCCUCCUCGUCGUCAACGGACCAGCAGCACCACCACCAGCAACAACAACAGCAGCAACAGCAGCAACAACAGCAGCAGCAGCAGCAACAACAGCAGCAGCAGCAGGUGCUCGCUGUUGCAGCAGCCGCAGCAGCGGCGGCAGCCAAUUGUACUAACGAACACACUAUCAAUCUAAACCAGGCGGCCACCACAGCGACGACGACGACGACAACAGCAACGGAUGAGGCAGGAGGCACACAAACCCCACAGCCCACGGAGGACCAGCAGCAGCAGCAGCAGCAGCAGCAUCAUCUAGUGACAGCAGCCGCCUAUCAGCAGCAUCAGGCCUUAACUGGAGUGGAGUACAUGGGACAGGGCAUGUUUCUGGCUCCCGGCUCGCUGCGUGCACCCAUGCAGCUGAAGCAGGAGCCACAGACAACACAGCAGCAGCAGCAGCAGAUUACCCAGCAGCAGCUGCAGCAGCAGCAGCAGCAGCAACACCAGCGAUACACCAUCACCGGGCAGCAGCAGCAACAGGUCACGGCUGCCCUGCUCGAGGGCACCGAACCGGGCAGCAUCUUUGUGCAGCAGAUCUACGGCGAUGACGGUGGCAAGGGCACCACCACCAAGUUGCUCCAAGCACAUGUGCCCCACUUCAGCAUCGCCGGUGGUCAACUAGAGCUUUACCCGCACCCGCACAAAUAUGCCGCCAAGAAGCAGGAACUUCAGUCGGACAGCGAUGCUCCGGGAUCGGCGGGCGGCAACGAUAACAGCGGGUCUGUUAGCCUGGGCCACAACGAGACCAAGGUGAUCGUGACGACCGCCAGCGGCGAGCAGAAGCUGCUCAAGGCGACGCCGGGUCAGGCCCAGCAGCUGUACAACCAAUUCCCCUACCUGGCCACCUUUCCCAGCACCACGAGCAGCGGCGGCGGCGGCGGCAGCGGCAGCGGCGCCACCAAUGUGGGCCAGGUGGGCGUGGUGACGGCGGGGACGACAACGGGUGCGGGUGGCACCACCACCACCACCACCGCCUACUAUCCGAUGUACCACAAUGGCUUCCAGAUCGGCAUCGGACCCAAUCCGGUGCCGCCUCCAUUCACACCGGUUCACUUUGCUAACGCAAGUGGCGGCAAUAGUCCCACCGGCGGCGGCCAGUACAACAUCCUGGCCACAAAUCCCACGCUCACGGUUACCGGAUUGGGACAGCAGCAGCAGCAGCAACAGCAGCAGCAGCAGCAACAGCAACAGUCAGCAGCGCAGCCACACAUUGUGACCACCCCUGUGGGGCGGGGCAGGCCGCGAAAGAAUCUGCUGUCCAGCGAGGAGCAGCUGAAGGUCAACAGUCUGCUGGAACAGGAGCUCAAUCAGAUGCUGGCCGCACCGCAGCUGGCCAGCAGUACACCGCGACGCGGCCGUCCACUGUCGCAGGCAUCGCAGCAGCAUCACCAGCAGCUCAGCCAGAUUCAUGUACAUUCCACGGCCGAUGGUGAUAGUCGAACGCCGGUGGCGACAACGCCGCGUCGCAGCGGUGCGAACAAAUACGAAACGGAGGAGGAGAAGCGGCUGCGGCUGGACAAGAUGGCCGCCCAUCAGCGGGCGGUGCGGGCCAACGAGACGCCCGAGCAGCGGGCCACGCGCCUCCAGAAGCUGAGCGAACGGGCGCGUCUGAAGCGGGCCCAAAUCCGGGCCACCGAGAACACGGACGAGCGCAAGGAGCGGCUGUCCAAGCAGGCGGAGUAUGCGCGAAUGCGACGCAUGCGCAGCCAUACGCCGCGCAGCAGCAGUGCCACCAGCACCGAGUUUCGCACCAAAACCGAGGAGGAGGACGACGAUGAGGACGAGGACACCAGCGCCGAGCAGCAGCUGUACGAGAGUGAAGCGGUUUCGGUCACCGGCACGGGCAGCGAUGGCGGCUUUGUGACCGUGGUCAAGGCCGACGAGGAGGACUCGCCAUUGGACGGAGGCGGCGGCGGUGGCGGCGGUGGCGGUGGCAUCGGCGAUGGCUCCAAUGAUCACGAACAACUGCCGCCGUUGCAGCUGCAGCAGCACGAACUGCAACAGAUUGCCGGCAGCCUGCAACAGCAGCAGCAGCAGCAACAGCUGGUACAGCAUUCGCAUCACGAGGCGAUUGUGUUGAACCAACAGCACCGCCUGGUCACCAUCAGUCAGCACCAACAGCAGCAGCUCCACCAGCCGCAGCAGCAACAGCAGCAGCAGCAGCAAUCACAUCCCGGCUUCAGCAAAUUGCAGGUGGUCAAGGAUUACGGUAGUGCAGCGGGCGGCGGAGGAGCUCCGGGUUCGGGCGGCGGCAAUGGAAGCGGAGCACCCGAGAACAAUGACAUGCUAAAGAUACUCGAGCCAAUCAUCGUGAUGAAGACCAAAUGAGGAUCGCGGAGGCGUCACAGUCGCAACACCAAUCGCUAGAGGGGAUGUGUGGUUAGCCAGGCCCACGCUAUCCCGCCAUUAAAACAACCAUUAAAACCAAGAGCAUCAGGCGUUGGACGCACAAAAGGAUGAGAGAUCUGCGAAGAGAGUAGUAGGGAUUGUCUAUAGUUAUCAAUAAGAGUUUUUUUUAAAUAUGUUUUUUUUUUUUAAAUGUCAGUCGAUGUAUUUGACCGAGAGCGAUAUUGUAAAAAGUGAGUUAAUGAGAGCAAGCGGAGAUCAAGGAUUAAGUGCAAUAACAUUAGCGGAUGCCUGGCAGCCACGAAACCCCAAAUGAGCAAACAAAAAUUACACUGUGACGCCCCGAAAACCACUGGAAAAUGAGGAAAUAUGCAGCUAAAGACUACGAGCGUGGGACAAGAUCAACUAAACCUAAUCCAGAAUAUGUAGCGCGUAACGAGAGCACUAAGUAGUUAUAUGUAUUAACUAUUAAUUUUUUAAAUUAGAAAAAAAAAGUGAAAAUAACAAAUAAAUCUAAUAAGAUCGAAAUGGAA